AUGACGUCCUCCUCCAUUGGUGCCGAUAGUGCCGGCCUCAAUCCUGAGCCUUCGCAACCUCAAGAUCGUGCUGCGCAUGACCUGCCUCCGAAGUCCUAUGCGGAAGCUGUAUAUGAACUAGACGACGAGCGAGAGCAAACCAACGGCCUGCCUAAUCACUCGAAUGGCGACGGCACUUACGACCCUCCUUCCUCGAACUGCGUGAACGGAUCUGCCGACAGUAAGACUAAUGGUCAUACUGAGAAACUUGGUGAAGAGAAGGUCCUGUUCGAGAAACACACGGGUGAAGACGGCUACACUCUGACUAGCAUCAAGCCCAACGAAUCCUACGAGAAGAGCCUGAAACAUGAUGCAAAGACGGCGCCCAAGAAGGAUCUUGAGGCUAGAAAGACUACGAAGCGGCAGGAUGGUGCUGGCUCGCAACUUGCUAGCGGACGAGAAGCCGGAGCAGGUUGGAACUCAUCUGCUAUAAGAUGGGCGCCACUAAACGUUCCGCUCCAACGACGACUGCAGACCCUCGCGGUCUUGUGGCAUACGAUGUGCAUCCCCGUGUUCAUGUCCUUGUUCUUUCUGCUCUGCGCCAUCCCUCUGACCUGGCCACUCCUGAUCCCCUACCUGCUCUACAUCCUACUCAUCAGCGAAGAGUCCACGAAUGGGACACUAUCAAGACGGUCGAACUGGUUCCGCCGCUCCAAGUUCUGGUCAUUGUUUGCAUCUUAUUAUCCUGCCCGCUUACAUCGGACCGUUGAGCUGGAACCGACCAGGAAAUAUAUCUUCGGGUAUCAUCCGCACGGCAUCAUCUCUCAUGGCGCCUUCGCGGCGUUUGGAACUGAAGCCUUGGGAUUCAGUGACUUGUUCCCUGGUAUCACGAACACUUUGUUGACGCUGGACACGAACUUCCGCGUGCCGUUGUACAGGGACUACGCGCUGGCCAUGGGUCUGGCGUCGGUGUCGCGCGAGUCAAUCGAGAAUUUACUGUCCAAGGGCGGUCAUAAUGGCGAGGGCAUGGGCCGGGCGGUGACCAUUGUCGUUGGUGGAGCACGAGAAAGUCUGGAUGCGAAGCCACAUUCCCUGAGAUUGGUUCUGAAGAGCAGAAAGGGUUUCGUGAAGCUGGCGAUCAGAAUGGGCGCGGACCUGGUUCCUAUCCUUGCCUUUGGUGAGAACGAACUUUACGAUCAAGUCGAUAGCGUUGAGCAUCCUUGGAUUCACAAAUUCCAGAUGGUGGUCAAGAAGGCGAUGGGUUUCACGAUCCCGUUGUUCCAUGCGAGAGGCAUUUUCAAUUAUGAUGUUGGGUUGCUGCCGUAUCGGAAGGCGGUCAAUGUGGUGAUGGGACGGCCGAUCAAGGUUGUUCAGCAGGGUGGUAAGGAUGGGAAGGUCGAUGAGGCAUACUUGGAUAAAGUGCAUGCCGAGUAUGUGGAGGAGUUGCUGUGGUUGUGGAAUGAGUACAAAGAUACAUUUGCGAAGGACAGGCAGGGUGAAUUGGAGAUUGUUGAGUAG